AUGUUGAGAGUAGCUGGAGCUACCACCUUGCGCCUACUCAAAGUACCAUCUACACGUCUAUACUCCGCAGCUCAGCCUCAGCUUCAUGGCGACGUCGCUCAACUGAAAAGGUCGUAUCUUUAUGUUCCCUGCUCGUCGGACCGCAUGCUCCAGAAGAGCGUUUCUACUGGCGCAGACACCAUCAUAUAUGAUUUAGAAGAUAGCGUGGCGCCUUCGGAGAAGGACAAGUCGGCUGCUCGAGGGAAGCUCGCGGAUUUCCUCGCUUCGUCCCCAGAUGCGCCAGACAGCUCUCGUAUCGCUGUACGCUUAAAUGAUGUUACAACGCCGUUCUUUGAGAGAGAUCUGGAUAAAGCUCUUCGCCUUUUGCGGAUCCCGGGAACACUCGUUUUGCCCAAGGUUCACUCGCCUGACUACCUCGACAGGGUCGCUUACAUCGUAGACUCCGUUGCUGGCUCUCUGGACUCUCCGUUACGACUUGUGGCUAGUAUUGAAAGUGCCAGGUCUCUCUACAACAUCGGAAGCAUCGCAGGAUGGCGAGAUAGGUCCGGCAAGAGCCGCAUCGCGGCGCUGCUCUUCGCUGCUGAGGACUACUGUGCGGAUACUGGCAUCAUACGCACGCAUGAGCGAACAGAGCUCUUGUACACACGCUCGCAGGUGGUGGUAACGGCAAAGGCGUUCGGGCUGGAGGCCAUCGACAUGGUGUGCGUGAACUACAAGGAUCCGGAGUAUCUCAAGGAAGAGUGUGAAGAUGGGCGUCGUCUUGGGUUCACGGGCAAGCAAGCAAUUCAUCCGAUACAGGUAGACACGAUUCACAGAACCUUCGCGCCAUCAGAGAAAGAGGUCUAUCGCGCGGCAAAGAUCGUCCAUCAGAUGGCUCAAGCUCACGCUUCGGAGAAGGGAGCCAUUGGGCUCGACUUAGGCGACGGGAAGGACGGGAAGGAGAUGGUCGAUGCGCCGAUGCUGAAACAAGCUGAGAACACACUGAAGGUUGCUCGCGCAGCUGGAAUCCCAAUUCCCGAGUUUUAG